AAUUUAAAAAAAUAUGUUUUUAAAAAUUUUGUCCAUUGCCACUAUUGUUGGCCUAGUCGUUAGCAGAUCUAUAGAAAAAAUGGAGUCAAUGGAGUUGAAAUCAUUAGCACCGGUAGAUGUAAUGCAAUUGGAAUUCCUAAAUGAUUUACUCAAUCCUAUAGUCGGUCUUUUGGGUAAUAUUGUGGCACAACUUUUGGCAUUAUUACAGCCUAUUCUCAUACCAGUGCUCGGCGUAAUAGUUGGCAUACUUUUGGCACUUUUAACACCAAUAUUGCCGCAAUUGAUUCCAAUAUUAGUGCCCGUAUUGGUGCCGCUAUUGGUUCCAGUGUUAGUUCAAUUAAUACCGGCUCUGGUGCCGGCAUUGGUGGGACAGUUACCACAGUUAGUGACCGGAGUGGUCGGAUCGUUACCACAAUUAGUGACUGGAAUACUUGGCGGACUUUUUCAAGGAUAAAUUAAUUGUUUUACACAUUUAAUGAAAAAUGUUUUAAAUAAUUAUUCAAAUAAAAUUAACUUACUUUUUAAAUUUAAAUUUU